AUGCACUUCUCUACCCUCUUCACCACCGUCCUCGCCGCUGGCAUGGUUUCUGCCGCCGCACCCGGCGAGGUCACAGGCUACAACGCCGUUGCCCUCUCCAAGGGCAACAAGGAAAUCAACAACAAGGCCCUCCAAGCCACUAACGGCCGCUUUGCUCUCAAGGUCAAGAACCAGCACGCCGCUUGCGACAAGGGCCUGACCGAGAACGAGGUCACAUUCAACAUCAACAGGUUUGGUGAACUCAACCUCUACACCUUUGGCAAGACUGCUCAGAAGGCCUACCUUGACCGCUCCGGCAUGGGUCAGGGUAUUCUCGGCUACGCCACCUACGCAGACAAGGGCUGGAACCUUCCCCGGAACGCCGAGACCAAGGGCUGGAAGAUCACCAAGCACGGCGACCUCACUUUCGAUGGCAAGGGCUUCGUCGCUUGCCCUAACAGCAAGAAGGCUGGUGGCUCUUACACUCUCUGGGCCGAUGUCGGCAUCAAGAACCCUGGUGGCAACAAGAACUGUGCUCCCAUCACUGUCCGCACUACCAAGGACAAGAACCCCGUCGCCUGUGUUUACUCUUCUGCUUAA